AUGUCAUACAACGACGAUCGCCGCGAGUACGGCCAGCAGUCUGGCUAUGGUGGUCGUGGAGACGACCGCCGCGAAGAAUACGGCCGACCCCAGGAAGGUGGCUUUGGUGGGCCUGCUCUAGGUGACGAAGAGAGGAGAGGCGGAGGAGGAGGUUAUGGCUCCUCUGGCGGUUACGGUGGUGGUGGUGAGCGCAGAGAAGAAUAUGGAAGACCGCAGGAGGGCGGCUACGGUGGUCCAGCGUUGGGUGAUGAGAGACGCGAAGACCAUGGUGGACGACGACACGAGGGUGGAGGAUACGACAACGACCGUCCCAGCGGAGGCUACUCUGGAGGCGGAGGCUACGGCGACGACAGACGUCAAGAGUCUCGUCCAAGCGGAGGUUACUCAGGCGGUGGCGACAACUACAACGACCGCCCGAGCGGUGGCUACGGUGACGACAGGCGCCAUGAGUCCCGUCCCAGUGGGGGCUACUCAGGUGGUGACGACUAUAAUGACCGCCCAUCCGGAGGUAGCAGCUAUGGAGGCAACACUGGAGGGUACGGCGGAUCAGGUAGCCACGGAGGUCAACACUCUUCGGGCACAUCCUACGGCGGUGGUGGUGGCUAUGGUGGUGCCUCGGACGAUUUCUCAGGUGCGGCCCAGCAUGCUUCGAGCGAGUCUGGAAACAGCGGCGACAACGAUCUGUUUAGCAACGUCCUCGGUAUGCUGUCCGGCAAGAAGGACAAGCUCAAGGAUGAGGAUGUAGAUGAAGACGAUGCAGUCAAGCAGCACGAGAAAUUCUACGGCGGUGGUGGCCACGGCGGUAACGAGCAAGCCAGCUCAAACAACGUCGGCGCUGCGGCGGCUAUGCAAGCCAUGAAGAUGUUCAACAACGGCAGUAACGAGGAUGCCAAGGGUGGACAGAACAAGUUCAUCGGGAUGGCCAUGGGUCAGGCAGCCCAGCUGUUCGACAAGCAGCAAAGCGAGGGCAAGACUGACCCGGCUGCUACUAAGCAAGAUGCCAUUGCUCAGGCUGCACAGAUGGCUCUCAAGUUCUAUCUGAAAUCGCAGAUGGGCGGAGGCAGCGGUGGAAGCGGCGGUGGUAACUCUGGAGGCGCUCUCGGCAGCGCGCUCAACAUUGCGAGCAAGUUCAUGAGCAAAUAG